CAAAUGAUAGAGCCAUUUUAAAGUAGUGACAUAAUAGAAAUAGUAAGCAAAACUUAAUAUGAUAAACCAAUAAUCAAUCCUCUAUGUAAUAAUUUUAUUAAAAAAUAUUAAAAUGAAGAUAUAAACCAAUCUUGAUAAUGUUGUACAGGAUAUACUUGCCCUAUAAUGAUAUUCAUUUUUACUUCAGCAUUUAAAUUGCAAUUGUUAUGAAAAAUAGUACACUGGGUGGUAUAAAAUAUAAAAUAAUAGAGUGAAUUUAUGUAAGAAUGAAAAGUAAUGAAAAUAGUCAUUCUUAAAAUAUAAAUAUUUAAUUAUUAAAUUCUGUGUUAAUAUUAGGAGCUAAAAUUUAACACAGAAACCAAAAUGAAAAAAAUUAUAACUGACCUAAAAUUUAUAUCUUUCAGGUGUGGAGUUUAAUUUCAAAAACAAUGAAUGAAAAUAAUUACCUUGUCACAGGUAAUCAAUGUGACGAAAAAUGGAGGAAUUUAAAAAAAACGUAUAAGAAAAUUAAAGAUGGGAAUAAACAAACUGGCCGAGGAAGAAGCCAAUGGGAAUUUUUUUCCAUGAUGGACGAGAUUCUCGGACAGCGGCCAGAUAUUGAGCCACCUGCUAUUUUUGAGAGUUCCUCUUCAACUGUACAGGUUUUGAACAUAGUGGAAAGCAAUUCAGAAGAUCCAGGAAACAUUGGGAUUGGGGGGAUUGAGUCAAAAUCAUCAGCUGUCUCUUCUCUUCCCAAAUUCCCACAAAAACGUAAGCGCAAACCAGAAUGGUUUGAGGAAUAUAAAGAACUGAAGGAAAAAUCCAGAGAAGAAAGAAGACAGCGACAUGCCGAAUUAUUAGAAUUAAGGAGAAAACAGCAUGAAGACAACAUGGAAUUCCGCAAAGACCUAUUAGGUGUCUUAAAGAGUUUGGUUGAAAAAUAAAAAUUCUAUUAAAUGUUAACAAAACCUCUCUUUGCACUAUGCU